CUUGUUGCAUAUUGCGCGGCGCUGAUUGGCUUGCGGCAAGUGUAUCAAACACAGGCUGCCAAUAUGAAUAAAAGCACGGGCCAAUCUGCCAUAAAUGCCAUUUAGCAACACAGAAGCGAAACCUGACAAGUUACGGAACUGAAUCCAAUCGAUGAUAUAAAUAAAAUACAAUCACAAGCAGAAUAAAGAUGGUCAAUAUGGAGACCGUAAAAUCAACUAAGUUAAAAAGUUCAUUCAGUAUUAGCAGUGUUCUUGGAGAAGACGAGCCCGACGUUAGAGUACCUAGUCCGCCAUCUCCUGUUUCGUCUCACACGUCAGACAUGGACACUCAUAGCGCACACAUGAACGACAAUAAUGACAAUGAAGAAGGGUCAAAGGAUGGUGCCGAUAAGGCAAAGGACAGUGAGCAGAAAUCGGAAAAACCGCCAUUUAGCUACAACGCGCUAAUCAUGAUGGCGAUACGCAGUAGUAUGGAGAAAAGACUAACGUUGAACGGGAUCUACGAAUUUAUAAUGACAAACUUUCCAUAUUACAGAGACAAUAAACAGGGGUGGCAAAAUUCCAUUCGCCAUAACCUUAGCCUGAAUAAGUGUUUCGUGAAGGUACCUCGACAUUAUGACGAUCCCGGCAAGGGUAACUACUGGAUGUUGGACCCAUCCAGUGAUGAUGUCUUCAUCGGGGGCACUACCGGAAAACUCAGGCGACGAUCUACAGCGGCAUCUAGAAGUCGCAUAGCCGCUUUCAAGAGAACUGGCUACAUGGGCCAUCCACCAUAUGGUUUUCCACCUGAUGCUCUCAAAUCUCCAAUGCUGUGGCCGAGUCUUGCAUCAGUGUUGUCCGUAGCGGGACAUCCUGCUCUACGAUACGGGCCCACAUUGCCCGGGUUACCGACGUCUCUACAGCUGCAAAGUCAGGGAAUCGUGAACCCUACCCCGACUGUAACUAGACCAGCCGUUCCAAAUAAUUUCUCAGUUGAAAGACUACUUAGCAAUGAUAAUAAUUUCUCGCCCGCUAGUAGCAGCGCGGGAUCAAGCAGCAUUACGGGGACAAUUCGGGCGUCGUUGCCCACCGGACUUACAAUGCCACACGCUGCAUACUUUCUUCCCCAUCUCGGGGCAAAUCCUGCAGCUUACGCGGACUUGUACGCUGGACUUAGAAGCCUAAAUCAAGGGGCGUUAUCGUCCCUAGCAUCAUACCCUAGUCAUCUUAGUGGAAUACCAACACAUAACUCAACCACAGACUCUGCAUUUAACGCAAUUGCAGCGAGACAAACAUAACAGAUUUCAUACUGAACAACUAUAUUUACAGGAGCUGGGACAGUUAUUGUUUCUAAAAACAACCUGGACACUUUUAUAAAGCCCCGAAUGGACCAAAAUGUUCUAACUUAAUUGUUAUCUGUCUAAAAGAAUUUUUCUUGUUCGAUUUAAAAUGUUAUCUUAAAAUUUCUUUGAUUCAAAACUGGAUAAAUCAAAUUGUUUAAAUUAGCUCAUAUUUUCAACAGGUGCAUUGUUGUUUGAGAGUUAAAUUAGGUAAAACUAAAACAAAUAUUAAAACAUAACAAUACUACAUAAUUACAAGUGUAUUAUUUAUUAGCUAUUUGCAAUUAAAGAACAUUCAAUUGUUUGCCAAAUAAGUAUUAAAGUUUCUAAAUACUUGCUGUUUCAGUUAAUUAAGAGAAAUAUUUUGGUAUAAUCAAAUCAAAAACCACACGAUGUUUUUUCCAACUCUGUGACAAGUGUCAAAGAUUAGUUAAAUUGACCGUUGUCAUUUAUUUUUGAUUCUAGCAGUGCAUUCAGUAUUGACAAGAAUUGAUUGACUUGAUUUAAAUAUGUCGAAGUGUAUUCACCUUCGUUAAUUUGAAAUAUGUUGUAUAUAAACCGUUUAUUUAUUAUGAAAUAAAAUGUAAAAACAUAAAUA